UUGAUUGAAGAUUAAAGAUGUUGAGCAGAAUAACGUCGAGAUUUGCACAAGGAAAAAAGAUGAAUAAUAAGAAACGCAAAGGUAAAGGUCCAAUGGAGCCUGAAAUAGACCCUAAUGUUGGAGAUUUGGAAGUUCCAGAUACCGGGUUCGAUGAAGAUAGCGAAGAUGAAACAACACCGUCCGUGGUAUCCCUAGAUAACUACAAUUGCCUGGAAGAUAGUGACAAACACGCUUCUACAGAUAUUACAUAUUCAAGCGAUCCAAAAUUCAGGAUUGAGUAUUGGAAUUGGGGAUGAUGUUCCGUAUAACCCAGUCAAGUACAAAUUUGAUUAUGUCCGUGAGCAUGUUUUUCCAGAAAUAGAAGAACCCUUAGAUUAUGAAGAUCCCCCAAUCUCUGGAAAAAAACGCCCCCCGGCACAGUGGAUUUCAGAUGCAAUCACAAUUAAAUUUUUGACUACGUAUUUCAAAGAAGAUAUCUUGGUUGCAGCUAAUUUGGAUGACAAACUAGCAGAAAAAGUGGCGAGGGCCUUUUUUAUGUAUGUUUUGGGAAAUUUUUUCUUUUCCAAUGCAAAGAACUACAUUGAUGCGGCUUGGUUAGCUGCUUUUGAGGAUCUAAAUGCAGUUGAUAUGUAUGACUGGGGUGGUCCUGCUUUUGCAAAAUUGUAUGUGGCACUCAACGCAUCUGGUAGGGGACAGAAGUCAUUAUCUGGGCCGUUCCAAAUAUUAGAGUUUUGGGGAUAUGAAUAUCUGGGCAUAUGUAGACCGUGCGACCCAACUAGUGAAGAAAAAUGGCCAAGAACUUCCCGGUGGAAAGCGAAGAAAAAGACUAUCGAUAUUGUUCACUGUAGGAAUGCGCUUAAUCAGUUGACUGCAGACAUCGUGACAUGGAGACCGUGGGAAUCCGCCAUUGGUGUUCUUGACUCUGAUGUUGGUCGCAGGGCUGUGGAGCUUUCAAACAAAAGGGUUAUAUUUACUUGGAUUGGCAAGAAUAUGUGGUACCUAGGAGAACGAUCUUGGAGGCAAAAUCAUCCUACUUUUGGAAUUCCUAGAAAUCCACCAUUUAAAAUUGGCGAGGUCAGUCAUGAGAAAGCAAAACUUGUGAAAGAAGCUGGAUGGGUAGAUGCAAAUAUGUUUGUGAAAGCUGUUUCAUAUAAUAUGUAUCUGCGAUAUUGGCGACAUGUAACUAACUUCCAUCAAUUCGUGACCAAAGUCGAUUGGGUAGUUGAAUUACACGGGGUUGAUGGUGACCGUGUUAAACACCUUAUUCAACGACCUGCUCAGCAUGUACCUAUUCCACCACCACAACAAUUAUCAUACCCUGAAGCUUAUAAUCUAGUUCAAGAACAUGCCGAUUUUAAUCGUGCGUUUCGCGAGUUUGUAUUAUAUGAAACGGAAGACAGGAUGAUACGUUUAAAGGCAAAAGAUGAAGUAAUACGAGGCCUUGCAGCUCGUAACAAUUACCUGGAGGAUCAGAUGCAAUUCCGUAUGCAACAAACGCCGCGUCCCCCUAUUGGAUUCGGCAGUUUUUCUGAAACUAUCCCACCAGCGGUGUGGGCUCCAGUGAGUCAAGCAUCAACAAUGUCGUCUGUUAACCCCCAUCCGAGAAUGACGUUUAUCCCACCACGGCAAACACCAUCGCAUACUCCUACUGAUGAAUAAGUAACUUUUUAGCCUCCACUUUGGAUAUGUACUUUUUAGCCUCCACUUUGGAUAUGUACUUUUUAGCCUCCACUUUGGAUACUCCUACAAAGUGCGUAUGUUAUCUCUAUAUAGGGUUACUUUUUAGCCUCCAUUUUCAGACUCCAUUUUCAUUCUGACAUGUUGAUUU